GUUGUUAGUUCAUCUGCAAUGCAAAAGUUGUACAUACUUACGUGACAAUAUACGUUAACCUUGACUACGAGCAUAUAAACAUGUAGGAAUGAAGCGAGACUUAUGGAAAGGGAAUAAGAAGUCGAGUAAGAGAGAGUGUUGUAAGUUGCGUUGCACCCGUGUGUUGUUUAAUGAAGGCAACUCUCCUGGUUGACGGUACACGAAUCGGUACUUCCAUUACAAUAACAAUAUACAUUCAGCCAUUCGUAAACUAUAUAUACACCUAAACAAGUGUUACAACCAUACUUUUUAUCUCUCGUCGCUGGCGAAUAAUUACAUCUCUAUCUGUGCUUGCAAGCUCGAUUGAAAAGAAAAAACAUCCGAUGAUCGGUUUCACUCGCUCGAUCCUGCUAUUGCGAUCAAAUUUUAUUUUUUACAUGUAAACAAACGCCACGACUGCUCGGGCUUUGCGUUUUCAGUGUCUUUUCAAUUCACGCGAUACGCAGCGCGUUUAACGAUUCCGACGAACCGAUAUACCCAAGUACUCGUAUCGCACGGACGAGCGCUAUUUUUACGAAUAUUUUCUCGAACGAUGCGUCAGGUAUCGUCACGUGCUAUUAAUAUACACACGAAAAUACAGCGAUAUCGAAAAAGGAAAAAAAAAAAAAAAAAAACAACAAAAGAACAAUGCACACCGGCUAACGAGUGUUUAUACAUGUUUAUACGUAUAUGCGUGUAGCUGUACCUGUUUAAUCUCAUCGUCAAGUGCGUCUCGUAAAUAAAAAGAAAGACAAAUCACAACAACAAAAGGAUGAUAACAAUAACAAUGAUGUUUGCCGUCAGUCAGUGGCGCGGAGGGCCAAAGAGGAGAAGUAUAAGCAAGUAGAGUUCGACAUGGUGCUGGUCCUGCAAGCGGUGCAACGGCGACUCCAGCAGCGGGGCUGCCUUUUGGCCCUGGGCCGACGUCACUCCCGGGGCUCCUCGUACUCGACUCUCGAGCGACAGCCACGCGAAAAGUUAGAGGAGCACCAGGAGCAGGCCACCGACCGAGAGGUCGUGCUGCGCUACCUCGACGGCAAGGACAACGGAAUAGCGGUGCUGGGCCUGAACCGGCCUGGCGCCCGCAACGCCCUGGGCAGCCGGCUCUUGGCCCAAUUGUCCGAGGCGGUGGAGCGACUGCGCCGGGACGAGCGUCUACGAGUCUUGGUGCUCCGUAGCCUCGUGCCGGGUGUCUUUUGCGCCGGGGCUGACCUGAGGGAACGCGCGCGCAUGAGUCCCGAGGAGGCCGGCCGGUUCGUCGACGCUUUGCAGGGCCUCACGCGCAAGCUCGAGGCGCUGCCAGCGCCCUCUGUCGCCGCCAUGGAUGGCAGCGCCCUCGGUGGUGGCCUCGAGCUAGCUCUGGCCUGCGAUUUGCGGACGGCCGUGGCCGGGGUGAAGUUGGGCCUCGUUGAGACCAAGCUGGCCAUCAUACCCGGGGCGGGGGGUACACAGAGGCUGCCUCGGCUACUCGGGCCCGCUCGAGCCAAAGAGCUGGUUUUUGCGGCGCGCCUGCUCUCGGGUAGCGAGGCUCACGAUCUUGGACUCGUGAAUCGGCUGGUCGCUCAGAACGAGGCUUCGGAUGCCGCUUACCAGGAGGCGCUGCACCUCGCCCGGGAAAUCCUGCCCAACGGUCCCAUAGCGGUCAGGAUGGCCAAAGUUGCCAUUUCCAAGGGGAUGGAGGUGCCGCUGGAGGAUGGCUACGGGAUCGAGAAACAAUGUUACGCGCAGCUACUCAACACGGAGGACAGAAUCGAGGGGCUCCAGGCUUUCCAUUCGAAACGGCCGCCCAUUUAUCGGGGUCGGUGAGAGACGCGGGCUUUUCGAUUAUUGCCACAACUGAUACCGAUCACGGUUUCUCGGGCGGUGCUUUUUUAUUAUUUUUCAACCAAUUUUUCAAGUUGAAUCGAUACUUUGUAACCUUGGGCGUGGUUUGCCUGGAGUUUAUCCAAGUUGUUUUAUAAUAUGUACUAAUAUGCCAAAAAAUUUUUAAAAGAAAAUGAAAUAAUUUGUGAUACAAACGUUAUAAUCGGUAUAUAUUAUAUGCGGUGUGUUUUUUGUACAUUCGACGCAAAUGUAACACGUUGUCGUUGCGGUUGACUAAUACAUUAUCUACAUUUUUCUCUUGUAUGUAAUAAUAAUAAUUUUAACUACAAAAUUUA